UAGCUAGAUGUCUAGCUUUUCAAUCUUCUAUGACCUUGAACCAUUUGAAGUUUUUCAAAAGAUUAAAGACUGAUAAUCUAGAAAUGGGUUAUCCUCAAGCUCCUCCAAACUCUCCUCACUUGUAUCCUCAAACAAUUCAACUUAAACUAUACCAGGCCUUUAUAUUCUCAAUCCCAAUACUCUUCUCCAUAAUUCUCUUACUCUUGUUUUACUUGUUCUACCUCAAGAGGAGGGCUUCCCCUGGUUCCUCCCAACCAACACUUCCAAGGACCACCUUAAAUCAUGCUCUCUUUCCUUCUUCAAGUGAGAUGGGUUUGAAGGGAAACCUCAAAGACAAUCUUCCAAUAAUCUUGGUCGAUGAAGAUUUAACUUCAAGGGAUUCAACGUGUUGUGUUUGUUUGGGAGAAUUUGAGAUCAAGGAGGAGGUGCACCAGAUUCCAACAUGCAAACACGUGUUUCACAUUGAUUGUAUAGGUUAUUGGCUCCACUCGAACCCCACCUGUCCACUAUGUAGAUGUAUCAUCAUCACCACCACUAUCACCACAACCAAACAGGGCCAUUCACAGCCACCUGUUGGACCCAAUCUAGUCAGCCAAGAUAACCAAAACUUCAACAAUAACCCACAGAUGGUUCAUGAUCUAGAGCAACAAGAACAGCUAGUUAUGGCUAACAACAAUUUAGGAGAACAUCACAUGCUAGUGAUGGAAAGGAUCAUCUAGUGAUAGUAAUCAUAGUACAUACAUUUGUUAGCCACAUCAAGAUUCAGUAUAUCCAAAUCCAUAAUAGUUGAACCCAAGAGACAUACAUGCUUUAUAAUGCCCAAAUCAAGUUGGAACAAAUGUGAUUGAUUGAUACAAGGAAAUGGGACAAAGAGGGACUAAAGUGCUAAAAGUCAAAAAAGCCCCAAAACCUGUUAUGCUUGUAAUCUCCCCAUGCCAAAUUUUGUGAGUUGUGAUCAUCUAUCUGUUUCCAUUUAUACUAUUAAAUUUGAAGUGAAUUCGAAUUUGUUUGAAAA